AUUAUUCAAAUCUAUUAUUAACAGUUUAACAAUUAAGCGUUUUAAAUAUCUGUUAAUUACUAAUUAGUGAUUUUUAUUAGAUCAAAAUUUGCUUAUUUUAAGAAUGGAUUUGAAAAAGUUAUAUUGUGAUGAAAGUUCAGCAGAUGUAAUUAUAGUCAUCCGUACUUCAACCUGUAAGAGAAUAUAUACUGCUCAUAGCAUUGUCCUUUGCAAUUGUAGCAGUGUUUUCAAGCAAUUAAUGAAAGAGAAAAAGAAAGAAAUAGAAAUAUCUGACGCUCGUCCAUCUACAGUUGCUCAAUUAUUAAGAUUUAUAUACUUGGGCAAAGUGACCAUUCGUGAUUGGGAACAAGCAUUGGAUUUAUUAAACCAAGCUGAUAAAUUCCAUUUGGUGGAGUUAAUUGAUAAAUGUCGAUUAUUCUUAAAAAAGAAUAUAAAUGUAAAUAAUGUGCUAUAUAUAUUCAAUAGUAUUUGGAGAUUAGGACAGAAAGAUUUAGAGACAUGCUGCUUAGAUAUCAUAUCUUUCUAUGCGAUGAUUCUAAUAUAUUCUGAAGACUUUGUAAAUAUAGAUAUCAAUUCGAUUAUCACCAUUGCUUCACAAGAUAAAUUAAAUAUAAGAAGCGAGAUAGAUUUGUUUUGGGCUGUUUGGAGAUGGGGUAAAGAAUUGUGCGCCAAAGAAGGCAUAACAUGCAAAGAAAAAGAGAUAAUCAAUCAAAUUAGACCCAUUUUGUCCCAUAUAAGAUUUAAUCAGAUGUCUGAAAUGGAUAAGAUUGAUUUACCAAAAUUUCUUAGUGACAUGGUCGAUGAAUACACAGAUAUUCAUAAAAGUAGAAUAACUAAGACAAAUAAUCCAAAUAAAUCCUCUUUGAAUCGCUUUGGGUUGACAGUUAAUUUGGCAACAUGUUUCAAUUAUUGUAAAUCAUCUGUAUUGGGAGAAGAAAAUAGUUUGAUAUCAUUUACUACCGAUAAAACAGGCUUCAUUCUAGGAUUUAAGUUAAUAAUUUGCGGUGAAGAUUUUACAAAUUCUGAAUUUAGACUUCUUUUGGUUUCUACAAAAAGCCGUAGAUUAUUAAUGGAUGAGAAUUGUAAUCCUGAAUCUGAAGAAGUGGAAGAUCUUGGAGAUUCUAUAAAAUCUGUUAAAAUGGUCAUAGCAUUGAAAAAACUGGCCUAUCUUAAUGCGAAUGAACCUUAUGAAAUUAUUUUGAAAAACGGAAGCGAAAAGAAUUGGCUACCAAUAGCACAAAACGUUCAUAAAUCCAUAAAUGUAGAUGGUUGUGUUGAAUUUUCAAUACUCAGUAAUAUUAUUGGAAUAAGCAUUAUGUAUUUUGCAGAAGUAGACGAUAGUCGUCUUGUAUUUUCUUUCCAUUCAAGUAAAAAAUUAUAAAAAAAAAUUAUGUUAGAAUUGUUUUUAUUUUUCACUGUUUACUUUCUAUGGGCACCAAGUGGUGCCCAUAAUGGGCAAGAGAUCCUUUUUUUAUAUUCAUUGGAGGUUCGGUCAGGUCCACAAUAAGGAUACUGCAUGGUAAGGUGUGGGAACACACAGUUUUUAUUGACAAAUCCGAUGCCGUAAAGCAAUAAUGGGAUCGAGUGCAAAAAAACAAAUACAGUAUAAUACCGUAAGUUACAUAAAUAGACCCGACAAUAUAAUAAAGAUAUUGUUAAAGUGCCGCGAUUACAAAACAGUGUACACGACAUACAUAGUACCAUUACAAAAUGAAGCAAACGACAAAGACGACAAUUAAUAACGACACAGAAUCAUUAGGAACAGUUUAUGGCUAAGGUUGGCACAACAUACCUGAUAAUCCGACAGAAUUAAUCAAUGAGUAUUAGUUCUUGCAAAAAUAGGUUCUUAUUAAGAGGGAAUGAAGAGAAUGAAACUGCUCUUGUCCUUGAUAAACUAAUAGAGUGGAUAAGGCCAUUGGAUGCCAACUGAAUCCAUGUGUAAUGUAAUAUUC